AUGACUAUUGCAGCCUAUACAGAAAUUCCUCAUAAAAGUCAACAUCGAGAUCCCGUUCUUAUCCAAGAUAUGAUUCCUGUCUUAAAACAAAAUAAUUAUACUAAUCUUUUCUGUCAAACAGCUGGCAAGCAGCUUACGCGUAUCAAAGAAAUGGUAUCCCAUGUUAAGAAAAGCUGCAAACUAGAGCCAAAACCUACAGAUGUUGAACCAGUUAUUAUUAAACCUACUCCAGUCCUUCGAGAUUUUAAAUUAAAAUCGAAAGAAGAAACCGAGUUUAUGGAUACCCUCCUUUCCCGCAUUAAGAAUCUGCACAUUAGUGAACCACCUCUGACUUCUACGUCCCAAGUCAAUAUGCUUUCCAAUACAAAUCCUCUCCUUUCUGAUGAUUCUUUGGAUCACAUAUCUCCUCAGGAGAUUUUUGAAAUCCAGCAAAAUUUCCAACCCUCUUCCGUUAAUCGGGUCACUUAUGGCCCUAGUACCCAACGCUUAUCCUUAUCUGCUCCUAACUGUAAUACCAUUUAUGAAUGGAAUAUUAAUGGUCUUUCCGAAUACCAGAUUUAUGAACUUCUCCAGCAGAUGCUCAUGUUUGCUACUGUUUGCAAACAAAAUAACAAUUCCGACCAUCAAGUUGCUUGCUAUAUUGUUAGUGGUUUUACUGGUGUUCUGAAAGGAUGGUGGGAUAAUAUUCUUACACCAACUCAAUGUACAGAAAUCCUUUCAUUCACCCAUACUGUCCUUGAAAUAGAUCCCGCUGGUCCUAGUACUGGUCCUGCUGCAGCACAAGUUGAAAGACAAGAAGAAGAUGCAGUCUACACUCUUAUUAACACCAUAAUUACCCAUUUUAUUGGUCAAGCUACAGGAAUAGCAGACCGAAAUAGGGAAUUACUGAUGAAAUUGCGAUGUCCUUCUUUAUCCCAUUUUCGAUGGUAUAAAGAUGUUUUCCUAAUGAAAGUCAUGCAAAGAGCUGAUAGAAGUGCAGAGCAUUGGAAGGCUAAAUUCAUUGAUAGUCUUCCUACCCUCUUUGCAGAACGAGUUCGUAAGAAACUCAGAGACCGACACCGUUCUAUUUCCAUACCAUAUUACCAGUAUACUUAUGGCCAAUUGGUUGGAUUAGUGACUGAUGAAGGUCUUGCACUUUGUAAUGACCUUAAACUCCAGCAGCAACUAAAACAACAACAGCUUACAGGUAAAAAGGAAUUAGGCAAAUUUUGUGAACAAUUUGCUUACGAUCCUCAAAUCCAGUAUCCCCAUAAGCAGAGAAAACAUAAAAGCUAUUCUAAACCUCCUAAAAAAUACAGAAAAUAUUCUAAACCAAAGGUCCAGUCACAAUCUCAGACAUUUAAACCUAGGUAUACAUCCAGAACCAAAGGAACCAAAGGAAAACCUUUUCAGAAGAAUAAAUCCAGUAUUAAAUGUUACAAAUGUGGACAAAUAGGUCAUUAUGCUAAUAAAUGCAGAGCUAAGAUUCAGUCUAAGUUAAAUGAGUUAGCCUUAGAUGAUGAUACGCAGCAAAAAAUAUUACAGUUAAUCUCUGACUCUAGUUCAUCAUCAGAUCCUUCUGAUAAUGAAUUAGCGGCGAUAUACUCAGAUAGUUCAGAACAAGAAACAAAUGAUAAUCCAGAAAAUGAAAUUUGUCCUUGUAAAACAGUAAACCAAGUAUCUGACGAUGUAAAUUAUUGGAAAGCUAUAGGCGAAAUGAAUGGACUUAAUAUUGGUCCCAGUAUUAAUGUCCUAACCGAUUCUGAGCAAAAUCUUCUCGAAAUUGCUGAUGGAAUUAAAGAUCCAGCUACUAAAUUAAAGUUUCUUGAGAUGUGUUAUAAUUAG